AUGAAUGCGGCAGAGGAGGGCGAUGCUACGGGCCUUGCCGGUUCCGGUGGCGCAGCUACCAAGAAACCUACUUGGGCGGCUCAGUCCAAUCAACUGAGCGCCGCGCUCGCACGGAAUUACAUUCUGCGCAUCGACACACCCUUUGGCACUCGGACAGUCUCGGUGCCUCUCUUUGCCAACGCAUCCGAGAUACGAUCGAUCAUUGCACGAAAGUCAGUCAGCGCCACGGGUGCGGUAGCUUACCGUCUCUUCGUCCGAGACAAAGGAUCGGAGAGACCGCUGGGCGAGUCUGAAAAGCCUGCCUUGUUGCAGAGAAGACGAAUGGAGCAGGCCGGUUACACCGAGGCGGAUGGUCUGGAAACCCUGGGUCGAGAGGAUCACUCUUACCUUCUCAAGUUCGUCUAUCGUCCUGACUCGGUCCCGAACUUCGAUUCGGAAUCGUUCGGCAAUACGGAGGACAGGUUUUCGCAUCUCGAUCUUUCCAAUCGUAACAUCGAGAUGGUGCCAAUCUUUGUCUACCGCCAUGCAGACUGGAUCAGCUUCCUCGAUUUGUCUGCAAAUCCCAUGUCGGAUCUGCCUACCGACUUCAUUCAGCUCUGCUCGAAUCUACGGACCCUUCGUCUUUCGGCCCUAACGCUCAAGAGAGUGCCCCAGAGUAUCCGCAACUCAGAGACGCUGACGCAUCUCGAUCUUUCAAAUAAUCGCAUCCCCGAAUUGACUCACAUCGCGUUGGAUCAAGUUCCCCAGCUUCGAUCGCUCAAAAUUCAGAACAAUCGACUUGCGGAAUUGCCGCCGUACUUCAGUCGUAUGAAGGCGCUGAAGCAGCUCAACAUCUCGAAUAAUCGUUUCGAUGCGUUCCCAUCGGUCAUCUGCAACCUCUCCGCCCUCUCCGACCUUGACAUCUCAUUCAAUUCCAUUCCUUCGCUCGAUCCCGGGAUUGGAGAUUUGAAACAACUGGAGUCCCUCAUUCUAGUGGGUAACUCUGUGGAGAGCCUCCCUGAGGCCAUCAGUGGUCUGUCGAGUCUGCGCAAGAUCGACCUGCGGCGUAACGGCGUUCAAGACGUGUCGGCAUUGUUCCGCCUGGAGACAUUGUCUGAAGCUCACUGCGAGCACAAUUCCAUCAAAGCGUUGGAUGCUGUGCUAGCUGGCAACCUGAGGAGUAUCACUUUGGGUCACAAUCCUUUGAGCAAGAUGACGAUUGCCACUAGUGCUAGGUCACACCUUGUAAAGUUGGAUCUCUCUGCAGCCAACCUGUCGAGGUUGGACGAUGAUCUUGUGGGUCACCUCCGCGCCCUUCGCGAUCUGAACUUGGACGACAAUCAGUUCCUGUCCCUGCCAGACACGCUUGGGCAACUCACUGAGCUUCAGGUGCUCAAAUGUACCAACAACCACCUUGCCAGCCUGCCUGAGUCGAUUGGCUCAUUGUCCAAUCUGAAGUGGCUACUGGUCCACAACAACAACCUCAAGAGUCUUCCCAGCAGCAUUUGGCAAUGUGGCAAAUUGGACACCAUCAACGCCUCUUCUAAUCUUCUCGAGAGCUUCCCACUUCCGCCCAUGUCCACAGAGAGCAGGGGCUCAGAUCCCACCUCGAAGCAGGCCGACGCUCCGACUGCCUCUGCUGUCAGCCACACCUCUGCUGCUCUAAUGGACCCGGCCGCUAGCAGAAAGGGAUCGGUAAGCUCCUUGAGCGCUGCUGCGAACGCGCCCUCGGGCAGAAAGCUACCGCCCCUUGUAUCGGCGCUCAAAAAGUUGCGUUUGGCAGAUAACCGUCUCACCCACGAUGUACUCGACGUCCUCGGCUUUUUCGUUGAGGUCGAAGUGCUGAACUUGAGCUUCAACGAGAUCUAUGAAGUGCCCCAAAUGUCACUUGCCAAGCUCACAAAGCUGCGAGAGUUGUAUCUCAGCGGUAACAGUCUCACCAGUGUGCCCACCGACGACCUGGUGUACAUGAAGCGACUUCGCAUUCUGCACAUCAACGCCAAUCGUCUACUCACCUUACCAGCAGAAUUGGGUCAAUUGACUGACCUCGCCAAUCUCGACGUCGGCAAUAAUACCCUCAAGUACAACAUUUCCAAUUGGCAAUUCGAUUGGAACUGGAACUCAAACCCGGGGCUGCGCUACCUCAAUCUGUCUGGCAACAAGCGUCUGGAGAUCAAGACCAAGAUGACCGGGGUGACUGGCGGGCGCAAGACCGACGCGAGUGACUUCCAGCGUUUGCUCAACCUGCGAGUGCUCAGUCUGAUCGAUGUGACCGUCCUGCUGCAAGCGAUGCCAGAGGAGAAUGACAAUCGCAGAGUCAGAACCUCCCUUUCACAGAUCAACAACAUGUCGUAUGGAAUGUCGGACGCUUUGGGACGCUUCGACAAUCUCAACGUGGUUGAUGUCGUUAUACCGCAAUUCCGUGGUGACUCAAGGCAAUGCGUCUUUGGUCUCUUCGAAGGCAGAGGGCAUAGCUUGCAGAGUGGAAGUCGCAUCGCCAAGUUCCUGAGCGACUGGGUGAAGAGCCGCAUCGAGCGAGAGAUGGCCGAGGCCUUGGCGCACAAGGAGGAAGAAGGGGCUGGCGAUGACAUCAGGUUGCCAGACCGUGACCAAGUCACCGAUAUAUUGAGAAGAGCUUUCCUUCGGCUUCAGCAAGAGUAUGCCUUGCUGCUCAUGGCUGAGACAACACGCAAAGCAACAGAAGCGAAAGCAGCGGCCUCGGCCAAUGAGAGCAAAGCCUCGGCUCCUGCCAUCGCUGCUUCUACUGCCAAAGCUCAAUGGCAAGCUGGUGCAGCUGGUGUCAUCCUUUACAUCGCCGAUCGCACUCUGUACUGUGCCAACGUCGGAGACGCUCUUGCGGUCUUGUCACGAGGUGGCACGGCGCAGUCCAUCUCCACACGACACAACCCCUUGGAUCGAGCAGGAACGGAGCGCAUCCGCGCUUCGGAAGGUUGGGUCUCGCUGCGAGGAUACGUCAAUGACAUGCUGGAUGUGUCUCGCUCUUUUGGAUACUUCCACCUCAACCCUAUACUCACGGCUGCUCCGAUGGUAGCCUGUGUUGAGCUGGACGAUGCGGAUGAGUUUGUCAUCGUCGCCAGUCGAGCUCUGUGGGAACACAUGUCCUUCCAGACAGCGGUCGACAUUGCCCGAACGGAGAGGGGCGAUUUGAUGAUCGCUGCUCAGAAGCUCAGAGACUUCGCUAUCUCAUACGGUGCUGAAGAGAGUAUCAUGGUCAUGAUCGUCGGAGUCGGCGACCUCUUCCAGAAUCGCACUACGCCGGGCGGCACCCUAGACACUUCGAUGGACUACUUCAGGAAGGCGCACAAUCGCAGGGAACGAGGUGCCAAUCUCGUCGGAGACCGCACCCUUGCGCGUCUCGAGCGAGAGGUGGCUCCUCCAGUUGGUCAAGUCGCCUUGGUCUUCACGGAUAUCAAGAACUCUACAAGUCUAUGGGAGACAAAUGGAGGAAUGCACUCGGCAAUGCGACUUCACAACGUACUCCUUCGAAGACAGCUGCGAAGCGUUGGUGGUUACGAGGUCAAGACUGAAGGUGACGCUUUCAUGGUCUCUUUCCCUACCGUCACAUCAGCCCUUCUGUGGUGUUUCAACUGUCAGCUCGCCCUGCUUCGAGAGGAUUGGCCUCAGGAGAUCCUCGAGUCGGAAGACGGUAAAGAGAUCCUGGAUGCAUCAGGCGAUGUCAUCUACAGAGGUCUCUCGGUCCGAAUGGGAGUGCACUGGGGUCGCCCAGUGUGUGAGGCCGACCCUAUCACUCGACGAAUGGACUACUUUGGUCCCAUGGUGAACAGGUCUGCUCGCGUCAGUGGAGCUGCUGAUGGUGGUCAAAUCAUGGCUUCGAAAGACUUCAUUCACGAGCUCACCAGCCUGCUGAGCGCCUUUGACGAGGCUGGCGGCAAUGGCCAGGUGGACCUCGACGAGACAGACCUCACCAUCGAAGACGACCACAUGCGUGUGUUGCCUUCCAACGUGAGAAGAGACGUAGUGCUUCUUCGCCGCAUGGGUUUCGGUAUUUCCGAAGUCGGUGAACGGAAACUCAAGGGUCUCGAGACGGCAGAGGUUCUCAACCUGGUCUAUCCCAAGGCAUUGGCGGGACGAAUGGCGACGCGUGAAGAUGCGCCGGCUCCUCAGGUGUUCGAACCAACGCUCUCCUUGCUCAGCAUCGAAGAGAUCAAAGCUCUUGGUGUCAUCUGCCUACGACUCGAGGCAUUGUCCAAUGCUCAACUCUGCCAGGCCCUGGUCAUCGAGGGCGCUGCUGACGGUACGAAUGCAGGCCCUUUGAUCGUCGUUGCGGCAUCGACGGCGCUGACAUUGGUUCCCGCUGCGAGUCGGCAAAGGACAAUGGAGGAGUACCUCGCUCAUCACCCCGAGCUGCUCUCCUUCGCCGUCCGCGACGAUGCUACCGACGAGGAGCUUGCGGCGAUUCUACAACAGCUGGUCACGAGGACUUGCAACGCCCUGACGAUGAUCAUGAUUCGCCUUCAGGUCUGCGCUGCGAGGAGAGAAUUGCCCACCGUCGAUGCACAGGCAAUCUUGGCCCUCGUUGCGCCCUUCCGCGAUCUAUUUGGCUAG